GGAAUAUCAGCGCCUGCGCCCAGCUCCUAGCUCCUUCUUCAUGAGUUCUAUGAUUGCUUCUUGAUGGAGGAAAGAUGCAAGCCCAAGCACCACCGUAUCUCUUCAAGGAGACGCGUAUAAAUCUCGACUCACCACUUUCCAAUUCUACAGUUAUCCUACGCCUUCCUGUACCAGGCGCCUCUACCAGAUUAGCGCGGACGCAAAAGAGGCCUCUGGCGACUGAAAUCGCACUCACUGAGGAUGAAAAUGCAUUUAAAUCGAAGCAUCUAGCGUCAGCCUCCUCGAUAUACCACCGCCUGUACCAUACCUCACCUCGAAGUUUCCACUGGCGCGUCUUGGAAGAUGGGAAAGCAUUGUCCAUAACCGCUGUGGAUGUAUGCAAACGAGAGAACGGCCCCGAGAACCCUCUCACACUCCGACUAUACUUUUCGAGCCCAAUUCGACCUGGCUGCAUUGCAUUUGCCGACCACGAAGAGCACGAUACAUUGAGCGUGUUGGCUCUGACAGAAUCGAAUCACUUGUAUACACUCACGCUGAGACCCGACUCCUUCAGACGACGCGCAAGCACGGAAAACAAUGUAGAUGACUGGUGCAAGAUCUACCUGUCGACAGCGUUCAGCUUUAAGCACCCCCACCGCCUCGUUGCACGAAACCCAGGAGAAGUUCUCAUAUCUCUCCACGAUGGAGGCCUAUUAAGGUUAAACCGACUACCUGGCGAAGAUGCUUCAUCAUGGAAGGAGACGUUUUAUAAUGAAGGUGGCUGGGCGCAUGGGCUGAGAAGCUUGAUCCCCUUUCAAGGGGGCAAUACCAUCAAGCACGGGAAGAUUAACAUCGAACUCUCAGCGGUUACUGCGAUUGCUGUACCAAAAGCAGAUAUCGAUGGUGAUAAUUACGCUUUUACCGUGUCUUUGGACCAUCGAAUCCGAGUAUGGAAUCUGGAUUCAGGCAAGAUCGCGUUUACAGGGGACCUCUUAGGCGCAGAGAGGGAGCCAAACGACCUGGGCAAAUGGGUAUUACAUCCGUCCCAAGCCCAGCUCAUCAGAGUAUUCCAAGACGACGAGAGAACCACUAUUGUCACUUUUUCUCCUAUUGGUGCUGGGGAAUUCAAAUUUUGGACAAUGACUUUGAAUGGAGACGGCACUGCGGAGUUAAUUGACAUGUUUCCGGAGAUUGUUUUGAAGCCAUCGCAUCCGAUGGCUGGGGAUCCCAUGACGGAUGUUUGGACCGUGGCCGAUUUCUCUGCUACCGUACAUAACGAUGAGCGUGGCAAGCUAUCAUUGUGGGUGCUAUGGAAGAACAAUAUUACAUACCGGGUCCAGACCGUUGACAUCACGCUUCUGUCAGCCAAUAACACCAGUAGCUAUUGGAAAAAUGGCUGGUCUGCUGUGGCAACAGAUACGGUGUCACAGGCGCCUCUACCUGUUAUUCUUCCAUCGGAUCCAGAAGAUGCUACAGAGAAGUGGCUCAAUUAUAUACUGUAUCCCGGCAAAUACACAAUAGCGACCGUGGAGACAGCACUUUCUAUUUAUGAAAGGAGUCUUGGACGCCCGCAGAAGAUAUCGGCGCGUGGCAACAAAAAUCUAUCCGAGAGAAUUUGUGCUAUAAUCGGAUCUUCUAUACCAUUAAGCAGUUCGUCGACUGGGCAAAUAGAUUAUGAGCACUUCAAAACAGCGAUAGAUGCUCAAUGGCGGCGAUUCUACCGACUUAUUGUUGAGCUAGACAAGCAGCGCGGAGAGGCUUUGGCUCUGAGUUUUGAUGCAGAUAACCAAUUGCACGUUGUUGCUACAGCGAACGGUUUAUCAGUAAUCCGGGAGUGUAGCCCCAUCGAGGAACUCUAUUUUAACCCAGAUAAUGCUUUUGGUGGGAAGUCUGAGGGGCUCAGCAACCUUAUUUCAGCUGCGGCAACGUUUCGCGAGAACUUCAACGACAUGUUACAGCACUCCUGCAAGGCACAGCUUGCGGUGCAACUCUUCCAAGAUCCCUCGCAAACAGAUUCCGAACAUCUCCAAUCAUUCUACGACAGAUGCAAUUUCGCUGGCCAGAUCGGUGACGAUGAUUUCGAGCAGCUGCUAGCAUACUUUGGUGGCAGUUUCAAAAAUAUUACGCUUGGGAGCUAUGAAGAUUUGUUCAGAGCAAUGGCCGGCACAGAAGAUAUGGCAGCACAUCUUGAGCGGUAUCCGUUGGCUUCCCUUGGCAGAAAGGUUGCGGUUAAAGGUGUCCAAGAGAUAGUCGAGCUUCAUCAGUCGGUCUGUUUUGAUCAACUGGUCCUUUUAGCCUUCAUUGAGGGCGAGAUCGACCAACAGGAAGAAGGAAUGCAGCUUGAUACGGCCGCUGUUCAUCGACAGCUUAUCGCCGUGCUGAAGCAUCUUGAAAUAUUAGAAUGGCUGCUGAAGACGCAAAUCUCCAUUUCACCUCUGAAGACCGAGAGAUCAGAGUCAAUCGCCAGUAUAAGCGACGCUCAGAAGCCCGAGGAGUUCAAAAUAGUAACUGUGUUUGAAGGCACUGUUAACCACCUACUAGGACUCGCCAAGGAUUCCGACGUGUCCAAUUUAACUGCACUGACCAAACUGCUCGGCCGUGUCUGCGAUCCAAACAGUGAGAUUGAGCUGCAACCCGCGCUUAUUCAAGCGUUUCUUCUGAAAACCGAACACGCGGAUCUAGCAGUCUCGUUUUCCCGAUUCUGCUCCCAAGAUCCUUUCUCGGUGUAUAUGCAGGGCCGCAGCGCUCUCGCAGUCAAGGAUCUGUCCGUAGCAGCAACUUACUUCAAGAAAGCUGCAUUUGGUCUUGCGCAUUCCGAAUUACAGGCGACCGAUCGCCACUCGUCUGGGUUACUUAAUGAAACUGACUGGAACUCUCUCUGUGGUGGCCUCCCAUCAUACUAUGCACACAUUGCCUCCCUCUUCGACUCUUCCAAAUCGCAUUCAUACGUCAUCGACUUCGCGCGCCUUGCUCUCCAGUUCCUUCCCACUCACUCCAAGGUAUCUCCUGCACAGUCGAAAAAGGACACCGCACUCCGCGCAGACCUCCUUUCCCGCCUCUUCUCGUCCGCCCUCCACACAGCCCGCUACGAGCUCGCGCACUCAACUCUACACUUAAUGCCCGACGCUGCAAUCCAGAAAUCCAAUCUUCGCAGCCUAGUUUACUCCCUCUGCGAGAACUCUGCUGCAGCUGAGCUCAUCGAGCUGCCAUUCUUGGGAAUGCAUGCCUUGGUCGACGAGGCAUUAAGUCAAAAGUGCGCGAGUAUCGUUGACGUCAACAUCGGUGUGCCAUGGCAUAAAAUUCUUUACGCAUGGAGGAUACGCAGGGGCGACUUCCGUGGCGCGGCAGCGGUGGCAUACCAGCAACUCCAGAAGCUGCAGCAGCUUGCCAAUGGUGGGCAUGGCAAGGAUCUCGCGCUGUGGAGUGGAAAGAAGAGCACCGGUGCAGGGAAUGACGAGCUGGACACCCCGGUCACGAGACAGUAUCUGCAACUUAUCAAUGCGUUGAGCUGCGUGGAACCAGGGCAGGCGUGGAUUCUGGCAGAGCCGGUGGGAAGGAAGAAUGGUGUUGUCGAGAAGCGAAGAGUGAUUACGCUGGAGGAUGCCAGGCGCGGGUUGCAGGAUGAGAUGGAUCGGGUUGAAGGGAUCCUCAGAGGGAGGUUUAGCUUUGUUGGAGGAGAGGAAAGGGAUGUGGAUAUGGAUGAGGAUUAAGGGAGUUGUAGGGCAGCUGCGAGCGGGUUCUGUGUAUGAUACGAAUGGCGUUCAAAUGGGAGUUAAGGUACAGAUGGAGCGAAAGGGAGGAAGGAGCUAGAGAGGGAGAAACUAGGAGGAAUAUACCAGGUUCUUGUAAAAAAUAACACUGAGGCGAUGAUGUCUGGGUUUCAAUAUAGGGAAAUCGUCGUAGAC